UUCACAUAAAAAAGCUCAUAGCCAAAAGUGCGUUCUUCAAUUUGUGAAAUCAAAAAGUAUUUUUUAAUUUAAUUCCAAUUAAACAAUAAUUCUUACAUGCUAUCAAUAAGAAAUAAGUUUAUUAAAAACAUCCAGUGUUUCGUGCUGUUUACGUGUUCUGUCUGAUUGAAACCAACCAAAACCAUUUAAGACCUCAAAAAAAUGGCAUCAUCUUCCAAUGAAAAUGGCAACCUUAUGGAUGAAUUCGAAGAAGCUUUCCAAUCGUGCUUGCAUGCACUAACCAAACAAGAAUCAAAUACUGGCAACAAUAAAGAAGAAAUCGAUCUAGAAGUUCAAAAGACAACAAACAAAUUUAUUGAUGUUGCCCGACAGAUGGAAGCAUUCUUUCUGCAAAAACGAUUCCUGGUCUCAACUCUCAAGCCAGACAUGCUUAUCAAAGAUGAGAAUUUAGAGUUGCGGAAUGAAAUUACACGAAAGGAAGCAUUAAUCAAUAAACACUAUAAUCGAUUGGAGGAAUGGAAGAAUUGUUUGUCGGACAUUCAGCAACAACAGGGCUAUAAUAAACCACCAAUACCGGGUCAGGGUGAAAUUAGGCCCGGACAACAAAUGGGCUACAUGAAUCCUAUGCCACCCAAUAUGCCAGUGCAAAUGGGAAUGACACAAAAUCAAUUGCAACAACAGCACAUGCAAUCACAAUUGCAACAACAGCAGAAAAUGAUGCAGGCCCAACAGAUGCAGCAAAUGCAACAGAACUACGGAAAGAUGAAUAAGUCUAUGAAAUGACAGCAAUGAGGAAGUAGAAUUCAUUCUGAUUAACUGUAUAGGAUAAGUUUAUGUAAUCAUAUUUCUUAAGUUAAUAAAAUUAUUCAUUAAUUUGAA